CAAAUUGACCGAAAUACACCAAAGUAUACAGGGAACCUACUCAGUUUUCCGGUUUUAUUUUGGUUUUCUAUUUUUUGGGGUUUCUGUGUUCUGUACACAGCAGCGUGUGCGUUUUCGUUCACCUGAAGAGUAAGUUAGGCUCCAGUGGACCAGGAACUGCAGCAGAACAACCGUCUAGCAUGAAUCCUAAACUAACCAAGAGCCAACAGAAAACCAUCUGCUCAGAGCUGGGACGCGUCAGACUAAAGCUGCUGUACCAGGCCAGUGAGCACGGUUUCACGGGUCUAAAAUUCCACCAGCGCUGCGACUCCUGCUCACCCACUGUGUCUGUGGGCUACAACGCCUCUGGUUAUGUGUUUGGUGGCUACACCAAACAACCCUUUAGUCGAAGUGGUCGAUAUGUGUAUGACGACGAGGCCUUUCUGUUUACCCUCAGUCAAGAAAGGCUCAUCAAAUACCCAGUCAGUGAAUGUGCUAAUGCAGUGAGAAUGGAUAGCGGCUCAGGUCCGUGCUUUGGAGAAGCGCUGGUUCUUAUCCAUGAAAACAAACGAGUUGUGUGUAGCAACCCAGGAAGUAAUUACACCUUUAAUGCUGCAGAAAUGCACGGCAAUGACCUCAGAAUGAAUGAGUGUGAAGUCUAUCAGGUUGAAGCAUGUCCAGAAUUCGAGAAGCCCUGGAGGCCAGUAAUCUGGGAGAAGAGGACAGAGAUGAUAGAAAAUAUUAGUGUUUACGGUCCAAUAGACAAGUCUGUGUCCCAGGUCCGAGUCCUGCUCAUUGGUCCAGUAGGAGGUGGAAAGUCCAGUUUCUUUAACUCCGUGAACUCUGUGUUCAGAGGCCACGUCAGCUGCCAGGCCAUGGCUGGCUUCAGCAGCACCAGCCUCACCACACAGUUUCGCACCUACUCAUUGAAAGCUGGACGAGAUGGAAACUAUCUGCCCAUCGUCUUGUGUGAUACGAUGGGUUUGGAGGAAAGCACAGAUGCAGGGCUUCAUGUGGAUGACGUCAUCAGCAUCCUCAAAGGUCAUGUGCCAGACAAUUAUCAGUUCAACCCCUCAGCUCCGCUGCAUUCGGAGGCCAGCAGCUAUCGGAAGUCUCCAGCCCUCAAAGACAGGAUCCACUGUGUGGCCUAUGUCAUUGAUGCCACCAAGAUCUCCCUUAUGCCAAAAAAGCUGGAGGAGAAGCUGGAGUCUAUCCACAGAAAGGUCAACCUGAUGGCGAUUCCCCAACUGGUCCUGAUGACUAAAGUAGAUGAAGUCUGUCCAUUUGUGGCCCAGGACAUAAGGAACAUUUACAAGAGUGGCUACAUCAAGCAAGUGAUGCAGGAGACCAGUGCUCGGCUCGGUGUGCCUUUGUCCUGUGUGGUUCCAGUUAAAAACUACAGCGAGGAUCUGGAGCUGAACCCUGACUGUGACAUCCUGCUGCUCAGUGCCGUCAUGCAGAUGCUUCGCUUUGCUGACAGUUACUUUGACGAGCUCAGUGACCCCCUCAGAAACAUUUGAUGAGGACGCAUCCCUCUGUUAAAGCAAAAAUCUAUACAUUUUAACAGUGUGUAGAAACAUCUGUGCCAUAGCUUUACUGUAAGCAUAAGAAAUGUACUGGUCAAACAAUAAAGAAUGUAUUUCAAUGCAAUGACUUGUGGUAAAAAGGAAUAAAAAAUGUUGUUUAUCAUA